GUAACUCGUUUUCCUAGCAAAUGCUGGUGACAAAAAUUUCUCUGUUUUUAGUAUCUUUCACUGCACAUUCCUUAUAUCACUCUGUUCACAUUCUGUAGGCUUCUCUGUCUUUUCUUUUCCUUUUUCUCAACUUUCUUUGCAAAUUCUAGUUUGGCAAAUUGUAAAGAAAUGGUGGGUUGCGGGUUGUACAUAAAGAAGAAAACAGAUUGGCUUACUAGCCUUCUGCAAAUUGAGUUCUUUGGUUCUUGCUCUGAUCAUCAAGACCUCAGAAAAAAUGAGAAAAAUGUGUUCUGCAUCGACUGCAAUCUCGAGUUUUGUAGGCAUUGCAAGGCCCACAGCCAGCACCGGUCGCUUCAGAUCUGCAAAUAUGUCUAUCAAGAUGUCGUUCGCCUUCAAGAAAUACAGAAGCAUCUUGAUUGUUCCAAAAUUCAGACAUACAAAAUCAAUGGUGAAAAAGCUGUACAUUUGAAUCCUCGGCCUCAAGCAAAAGAUGCCAAACCAUCAACAAAAUCAAAAACUGGUGCUGCCUGUGAAGCUUGUCGGAGAUACCUUCAAGACCCGCCUAAUCGCUUUUGCUCCAUUUCAUGCAAGGUAUCAGCUGUUGAUGUGAAGCCUAAAGACCAAAGUGAUAAAAUGGAAUUGCUGAUGCAAGAAUUUCCUGAUCUUUCCUGGAAAGACAAUCAAAAGUCAGAAAUAAGCACAGAAGAAAAACAAUCCUCACUCUCAUCAACAGAUGUUUCUGAGGAGACUAAAACAUGGGUGAGCACAAGUUUAAAGCCUAGGAAACGAGUGAACAAAAGGAAAGGCAUUCCUCAUAGAGCUCCUCUCAAUUAAUUAAAAAAAAAAA